UAAUGUUGGCGAUGCUUUGAUUGUGUUCAACAAGAUGAUCGGAAAGUACCCAAAGUCUUCAAUUGUGGAAUUCACUAAAUUAUUAGCUGCCGUUGUUAGGAUGAAACAUCAUGCCAUUGUGAUUUCCAUGUGUAGCCGGGUGGAAUCGGUAGGAGUUUCCCAUAAUGUUUAUUCUUUGAGCAUCUUGAUUAAUUGUUUUCGUCAAUUAAGUCGGGUUGAUUUUGGGUGUUCUGUUUUGGGGAAAAUGCUCAAAUCAGGUGUUGGACCUAGCCUUGUAACUAUGUCCACUCUGAUUAAUGGACUUUGUAGGCAAAGUAAGAUUUCUCAGGCUGUGAGCUUGUUUGAUGAAGUGGUCGAGAAAGGGUAUCGACCUAAUUUAAUUGUUUACAAUACACUUCUUAAUGGUUUGUGUAAGAUCGGUAGUACAGAUCAAGCUGUUAGGUUGCUAAGGAUGAUGGAAGGGAGGGGUUUCGAACCCGAUAUUGUAGCAUAUAGCACAGUCGUCGACUGUCCUUGCAAGACCGGGUUGAUAAAGCAGGCUCUAGAUCUCUUUUCCGAACUGAAGGUUAAGAGCAUUAGACCAGGUACUAUUACUUACAGUUGCUUAAUUCAUGGUAUGUGUAAUUCAGGCCAGCAGAAGGAGGCAACAAGGCUUUUGAAUGAAAUGAUACUGUUGACACAAUGAGGAAGCAAGGC